ACGUGCAAACAACUAGACCUUCAAACCAAAAACUAACCUCUCUACCACUCCUCUUCUCUAAUUCCUUCAAUUUCAAUGCUAAAACAAUCUUUCAAUCCUCAAAAAAUUUGUUAAGUUUCAAUCAUAUAUUUCCAUCAAAGGAAAACAAUUGAUUUAUUAACACCCAAAUUCAUUCAAGGUUCUCGUUCAGUAUUCGCAAAUGGCUACAAAACCAAAAGACACUUCUCAUGGAAAGGAGAAGAUUGGUUCAUCAUCAUCCCCUUCAAACCAUGAAACUACCCAUGGGAGAACAUCGAGACUCGCAAAUAAAUCAUCAAUUCCAACUUCUCCUGAUAAGGUUCAUGGGACUUUAUCAGAUAAAUCGACACCGAACUAUCUCAAGCAUACAUUGAGUUCAUCUAAAGAAACUAGUGGCAAUUGCAAGCUUCAACAUGCAAAGAAACCAGCUACGGGCGAUACGAGUCAUCCUAAAUUCUUAAGAAGAAAAUCUUUUGAUAAACCUCCAUCACCUGCAACACUUCAAAGAACUCUAUCAUCAAAUUCUUCAAAAGAGAAAACACCCAUUAAGGUUUCAUCUCCCACGCCAAAAACUGUCAUUUCGCAAAGACCCAUCUUGGAGAGAAAAAUCAUUUCUCCAAAACCUGUAGCAGAGAGAACCUCCAUUUCUUCAAAACCCGUCUUCGAGAGAACAUCAUCGGCAAAAACACUUCGAACUGUAAAACCUGUUCAGCCAGCACCCGCAAAAACAAGGACCCUAAGACGGAGCUCCAGCAGUACCAGUUCUAGGACUAGUAGAUCCAGUCCUGCUCCAUCGGUUGGUUCCAAUACAGCUCCAACUAGUCCUGAAACUACAGAAACACCAAGUCAUUUCAAAGUCGAACAAGAAGAUAAAGUGAUAUUGGAGCACGAGGUAGCUGAACAAGAGAUAUUGAAGGUUAAAGACGAGGAAGAAAUUCCUUUCGAAAUUCCUCCUGAUCAUGAUCAAGUACUAAUUGAUCACCAUGUUGAGUACUCUGACUCACCCACGAAUAUAGGCAUGGAGAACGAAACAAUUUCAGAUACACCAAAGUUAGAGGAACAAGAACAAGAAGAAUUAGUAACACCUGCAGCCCAAAUUGAAGAAGCACAAGAGAGAACAAUAGAGCAAGUCCCGAAAGAAAACCAACAUGAAGAUGAAGAGAAGGACGAACAAGACAUGGUUGAUAACAAGGAUAUCGAGGAAUCCCCAAAUAACCAGAUCCAGAAUAACCAAGAGACUGAAUCUGGUGAACAAGUUGAACCCGAACCCAAUGUAGAAGAAGGUGAAGAUGAGACAACAGUGAAGCCAACAAUUCAUGAGAAACUUGCAGGUUCCAAUGGAGAAAAUAGUGAAGACAAUAAGCCUUUUAAAAUGAAGUUCAAACAAACAAAGGAGUUGGAACUAGAAGCACAAGAUGUGGCAACACCACAAAAGCUGAAAUUUAAAGAGAGGGACACUCAAGAUGCAAAAGGGAAGAAAGAAACUCAGGCUUAUAAUGAUGUAAUUGAAGAAACUGCAAGUAAACUUGUAGAGAAAAAGAAGAACAAGGUGUUAGCUCUUGCAGGAGCUUUUGAAACAGUUAUAUCCUUGCAAGAGACAGAAGGUCAGUCAAGAACAAAGGGUGGCUAAUUCAGUGCUGCGUUCUUAAGGUGCCAUCCACUAUGAGGUCAUAAAAAGUGUUCUGUUUUUCUGUUUUCAACUUUAUUUUGUUCAUUCGGAUUGGAUUUUAUGUAAUUUUUAAUUGACUAUUCAUGUGGUAUGUAUACUCUUAUACAUUUAUACAUAAAUUGAUUCCCUUUAUUUGAA